GCUGGGAGAGGGAGGCGCGGGCCGGGCGAGCGCAGCAGGUCCCCCGGGUCGCCGGCGGGGCCCGGGUCCGCGCUUCCUCCUUUCUCCGGCUCGCUGCGGCCGCGGCCCCUCCUCCCGCGAGCUCCCUCCCCCUCGCCGCCGCCGCCACCGCCGCCGCCGCCUCCUCCCUUUCUCUCGGUCUGUCUCUCCCGGCCCGGAAUCCACCCGGCCGCCCCGCCGGAGCGGCCAGGCCGCCGCCCGCCAGCGCCGCGCGCCCCGCUGGGGUCCGCCCGGGCGCGUCUGGAGCCCGCGGCCGCCGCGCAGGACAGAAUACGGAGGCCGAGAGCGCUGAGUGACCUGUGGAGCCAUGACAGGCUGAGCCAGGAUCUGAACGAAAGCAGGUUCAGGCUCGGGAUCCAUUUCAGGCCGUUUCUGUGUUUUGCUGGAGGAAGCUGUCAGGCAUUCUCCUGUCAAUGUGGCUGCCCAGUUGUUGAAAGACUGUGCCGUCACCGCUGAGUUGUCUCGGCGCCCUGAGGCCCUGCAGAUGCGGACGUUGAAGCCUAGAGAAGGGGAGCAACUUGCCUAGAGACACACAGCAGGAGAGGUGGAACAGCCUCUCGGCCAAGACCCUGCUACAGCUGGUGUUUGUGUCAGGCCCCCAGACUGUCCCCAGAUCCACUGCGGUAGCCCUGCUGCCUACUAGCCAGGACCAUGGGCAGCAACAAAAGCAAGCCCAAGGAUGCCAGCCAGCGGCGCCGCAGCCUGGAGCCCGCGGAGAACGUGCACGGGCCGGGGGGCGCCUUCCCAGCCUCACAGACACCGAGCAAGCCCGCCUCCGCCGACGCCCACCGCGGGCCCAGCGCCGCCUUCGUGCCCCCCGCGGCCGCCGAGCCCAAGCUCUUUGGAGGCUUCAACUCCUCGGACACUGUCACCUCCCCGCAGAGAGCGGGGCCUCUGGCAGGUGGGGUGACCACCUUUGUGGCCCUCUAUGACUAUGAGUCACGGACAGAGACCGACCUGUCCUUCAAGAAAGGGGAGCGGCUGCAGAUUGUCAACAACACGAGGAAGGUGGAUGUCAGCCAGACCUGGUUCACAUUCAGAUGGCUGCAAAGAGAGGGAGAUUGGUGGCUGGCACACUCGCUGAGCACAGGACAGACCGGGUACAUCCCCAGCAACUAUGUGGCGCCCUCCGACUCCAUCCAGGCUGAGGAGUGGUACUUCGGCAAGAUCACAAGACGGGAAUCGGAGCGGCUACUGCUCAAUGCUGAGAACCCAAGAGGGACCUUCCUCGUGAGGGAAAGUGAGACCACAAAAGGUGCCUACUGCCUCUCUGUGUCCGACUUCGACAAUGCCAAGGGCCUCAACGUGAAACACUACAAGAUCCGGAAACUGGACAGCGGCGGCUUCUACAUCACCUCCCGCACCCAGUUCAACAGCCUGCAGCAGCUCGUGGCUUACUACUCCAAACAUGCUGACGGCCUGUGUCACCGCCUCACUACCGUGUGCCCCACGUCGAAGCCUCAGACCCAGGGCCUGGCCAAGGAUGCCUGGGAAAUCCCUCGGGAGUCCCUGCGGCUAGAGGUCAAGCUGGGCCAGGGCUGCUUUGGAGAGGUGUGGAUGGGGACCUGGAACGGCACCACGAGAGUCGCCAUCAAAACCCUGAAGCCAGGCACCAUGUCUCCAGAGGCCUUCCUGCAGGAGGCCCAAGUCAUGAAGAAACUGAGGCAUGAGAAGCUGGUGCAGCUAUAUGCCGUGGUGUCGGAGGAACCCAUUUACAUUGUGACCGAGUACAUGAGCAAGGGGAGUCUGCUGGACUUUCUCAAGGGGGAGACAGGCAAAUACCUACGGCUGCCCCAGCUGGUGGACAUGGCUGCUCAGAUCGCCUCGGGCAUGGCGUAUGUGGAGCGGAUGAACUACGUGCACCGGGACCUCCGAGCCGCCAAUAUCCUGGUUGGAGAGAACCUGGUGUGCAAAGUGGCUGACUUUGGGCUGGCCCGGCUCAUCGAGGACAACGAGUACACGGCCCGGCAAGGUGCCAAGUUCCCCAUCAAGUGGACGGCGCCUGAAGCCGCGCUGUACGGCAGGUUCACCAUCAAGUCCGACGUGUGGUCCUUCGGGAUCCUGCUGACCGAGCUCACCACGAAGGGACGAGUGCCCUACCCUGGGAUGGUGAACCGCGAGGUGCUGGACCAGGUGGAGCGCGGCUACCGGAUGCCGUGUCCCCCUGAGUGCCCCGAGUCCCUGCACGACCUCAUGUGCCAGUGCUGGCGGAAGGAGCCCGAGGAGCGGCCCACCUUCGAGUACCUGCAGGCCUUCCUGGAGGACUACUUCACAUCCACCGAGCCGCAGUACCAACCCGGGGAGAACCUAUAGGAACUGUGUGCGCAGGACUGUCGCCCCUAGGCUUUGGGCUGUCACCUCUGUGGCACCCACCUCCUUUCAUCCUCUUUCUGGGGCUGAGUUGCCUCGGCAAUGCCCCUUUGGAGCAUGGAAGGGCUUCAGGGACAGGGGCAGCCUGGAAGGGCAGGUUGAGGCUGGUCCGGUGACUGUCCCGUGGCCUGCCCUGGCUGCAGGCCCUCUCUGUGCAUUCUCUGGAACCAGCCUGCUCCUCGCAGCAGACACCAGGUGAAGGGCAGGGCUGUGGGGUGGCUUUCCAACCUCAGCCCACUCCACUCACCUGGCUCCUCCCCACUUUCUUCACCCUGGGUCUGUUUCAAGCUGGCCAAAGAGCCUUUCCAAAGAGGAAUGAGGCCCAGCCCUUGGCCUAUAUGUACUUCCUGCCCUUGGCUAUCCUUGUUGGAGGCUUCUGGGUAGAACACUGGGUCUGGAGCUCCCUGCCAUGGCUCUCAGGCUGGACAGCCCAAGGCCCAACACAAGUUGGGGUGUGAGGAUGAGUACUCCCUCUCAGCCCUGUCCUCCACAGGGAACCUUGGAGAUCAUUGACACACUGCCCUCAUUUCUCUGUUGGAAAAACUGAAUCCAGGAGGGGCUGUGAGGUGGGCUUAGCACCUGGUGCUCCCUCUGACUUCCUCAGGAACUAAUGAGAACUGUCCUCAAAGGCAGUGGACAGGCUGGGGCCUGAGACUGGGCUAAAGGAGGCAGAGUUCUGCCACCACGGAGGCCCACGGGUCUGUUGUGGGGAAAGGCAAGCAGAUGCUGAGCCAGGAAUGACGGCUGGACCAUGAGGGUGUGGAAUGGGCUUCAGUCACAGUGUGGAUGGCCUUUGACCUCCAGAGCCAGUGUGAUGUGGGGUGAGCUCCCAGGCUGCAGACACAAGCCAGUACAAGUUGAAGAGCUAAGAAGAGCCUGGUCAUCCUCCUCCAUUUGUCCUGAUCAUUUCAACCCCUGGCCCCUGCUCUCCUGCCUAUGCUGGGACCCCUUAACUCAGGGGGAGGGAGGAGAGUUCCUCGGCCAGGGAAAUGAGGGCAAGAUUCCUCCCUGCUGUGCACCGACACUGGCCCUGCCCUCUCUCUGAGCUACAGUCUUUGCCCCUGUGGCUAUGGCCUCUGCCAUUGGCCAGCCCCUGUAUAGAUCCCGUAGCUGGGCAUCUAAGGGGAGCACAGCCCUGGGACUGCAGCCAACUGACUGCUUGGUCUUUGGCUUUUCUGCCCAGCCUUAGGGUAGGUGGCUUCUCUCUGCCUCAGUUUUCCCAUCUGUAAGGUGGGCAGUUGAUGAUUUGUGGCAUCUCAACCGAGGGGCCCUGUGUGUGUAUGUGUGUGUGUAUGUAUGUGCCUGUGUGUCUUCCCUUGUGUCCAUAUUUAACAUGUAAAAACACUCCUACUCUGUCCCCAGACAUGAUCAUUUCACUCAUUGCCCCAUCACAGCAAUAAUGCCCCUGCUGCCGGGGAUUCCAGCCAGCCAGGCCCUGCUUACAGGGAAGGAGGCUAAGCAGGGCCUGCCCUGACAUUUCUACUUUCCUCCCAUAGUCUCUUGCUUAAGUCUCCCCAUGCACCUGGCGAGUCUGAUCUUGCCAUCCACUUUCCCCAACCCCUACUCUAGCUGCCCAAGGACCUCUGUGUAAGGUGGCCUCAACUUUCAACUGUCCACUUUUCCUUCCUUCAUUCCUUCCCCUUUCUUUCUUUCUUUCUUUCUUUCUUUCUUUCUUUCUUUCUUUCUUUCUUUCUUUCUUUCUUUCUUUCUUUCUUUCUUUCUUUCCUUUCUCUCUUUCUCUCUUUUCUUUCUUUCUAACAGUAUUUUGUAGAUUUCAGAUGACUAUGCAGAGGCCUUGGGGACCCCAGCUCUGGGCAGGGCAUGGGGAUCCCACAUUCCACGGCCCAGGCUUGGGGCGGGAGGGAGGACCCAGAACUGGUUGUACAUACUUUGCAUACUGUCUGAUUAAACACAAACAGACCUCA